ACGGAUGACAUUUUGUGUAACUCGAAACACGUUGUAACAGCGUAUCACUUAAUGUGGUCCGGUAGACGCGCUGGGGAACGCGAAUGUAGUGAUGGAGCAGAGAUCAAGGCACAGAGGAGGCGGCGGCUGGAGGAGAGGUGGACACAGUGGCGGAGGCAGUGAAAGUGGAACCGGCACCCCCACUGAACAUCGGGGUCGAGGUAGGGGUGGACCCCACCGUGGCAGGGGAAGAAGGGAUCAUCAUCGUGGCAGAGGACGCUCAGGACCUCCACGGUGCGACAGGUAUAAGUUUUCUGAAGGCAAAACAAGGACAGGACCUCAAAAUGCUGAAGAUGAGGUGGAUAACAAGGAAGAUCAUGAAGAGGAUGGCCCUGACAUCUUUUCCAGAAGGAAGCUGGAGUCAAACUGGGAUCGCUAUGAGGCUGCAGAAAAGGAGGAGCUUUGUGAAGGCAAUCAAACCAAGCGAGGAGAAGAUUUCCAUGUCCUCCUCAGCUCUGCAGGUGACUCUUUUACCCAGUUUAGAUUUUCUGAAGAAAAAGAAUGGGAGGUUGAUGCUUUAGCUAACAAUCAGAUGUCAGCUUUCUUUGUGGACUCGCAGUUAUUAGCCCAGUCACUUCAAGCUCUUCCUCUUCAUGUAAGGCUAAAUGUGGAAGCAGAAUUGGUCCAGGUAUCUGCUCCGGCAGAGCUCCCCGUGAUAAUCAUGAAGAACAAACAGGACUUCAGCCUCACUGGUCAGUUUGGAGUUCCCACUGCCAUAAAGCCAGCACCCACGUGUGCUUCCUCUGCAAACACUCCUGUACCCCUCUCUGAGUCUGUGGAUGGGAAGCCUCUGAGAGCCAUAGCCCCACAGAUGUCUGUUAGCGCAGCCCAGCCCCCAGCAGAUGACCUGGACGAGGAACUCGACCUGCUACUUAGUCUAGAUCCUCAUGUUCCAGCUGCUAUUGAUAGCGUUCCUUCACAAACUAAUGACCUGAAUAAGGACGAAAUGAAAGCACCUUCCCCAGUUAUAACAUCUGAUGGAGUCAAAGAAGAACAAGAGCGCUCUCCUGAAGCAACAGUUUUGAAAAAGGAAAUCACAGAAGAUGAUCUGGAAGACUGGUUAGAUAGUAUGAUUUCCUGAUUUCUCUUGAGUCCCUACAGGGUUCAGAGGUCUUGGAUGUAUUUCCUAUUUUAGUUACAAAAACUGCCUGCCAGCUUUAAACAUUAAAAUAAAACUCCAUUUUCCAUUUCCUUCCUCACUCAUUAUAUUGAGGAAGAAAUUAAGGUUAGCUGUAAACGCAUUGCCUUAAUGCAUGUUGACCUCUGCAAGCACUUAAAUGUUUACUUGGAACACAGGUUAACAGGUAAAGUACCUGUUAAAUUAAUGUCAAUAGACCAUUAAGGGGAUUUGUGUAAUUUAAUUUCUGUUUUGAACUUGGGAAGAGUAGUGACUUGCCUGGAAAUUCAGAAAUAACCCAGUUUGGUAAUCAUUUCUAUGACAUAUUUAAGAAGCUUACACAGCUGUAUCAACUGUUUUUGUGUCAGUCUGUAACUUGAUCUGUCUGAAACAAUAUUUGUUGAUAAUAACAAUUUAAUCCCUGAUAUGUCACGGUCUCAUCAUUUGGCCUUCUGGCAAAUGUUUUUUUUUAUAUGGAAGUACGCAUAUGACUUGCAUGUGAGUAUACACUACAUUAUAUAUUCUAUAGACAAAAUAUAAGAAAUCAGUUUAAGUGCUACCUAAGCAAUACACAAAAGCAAUAAGUACUAACUGCUGAAUUAAUCAAUGAUUGACUACACCCUCACCCAUACUCUCCUUUCAUAAUUCCACUUAAAUAGGCUUGCAAAGAUGAGUGGCAUUAAUAUCAUGCCAUAAUGGUUUACAAUGCCUCCAGGAACUCAGCAGCUGUAAAUGGAAUUGCUUCUGAUGAAGCCUAUUAAAAAGAAAGUGGGACCUGU